CGACGACAUGGACCUCGACCUCGACGAUGACGAAGAGUCUGCGUCGCGCAGCAAAUCUACGUGCCCUGGCGAGACGCUGACGUCGUCGCAUGCUUUCAUGCGCGGUCACGGCACCUACGUUGACAACGACGAGGUUGUUGCUUCCGUCGCAGGCACUGUCGAGCGCGUCAAUAAGCUCAUCUCUGUCCGCGCUGCGCGUACAAGGUAUAAUCCGGAAGUUGGAGACCUUGUGGUCGGGCGCAUAACCGAAGUGCAACCGAGACGGUGGAAGGUCGACGCCGGCUCUCGCCAAGAUGCUGUCCUGAUGCUGUCCUCAGUUAAUCUCCCAGGAGGCGUCCAACGCAGAAAACUCGAAAGUGACGAACUUCAAAUGCGGACGUUCUUCGAAGAAGGCGAUCUGCUUGUCGCCGAGGUCCAGGCCUUCUUCGCGGAUGGCGCCAUGUCUCUCCAUACCCGGUCGCUGCGAUACGGAAAGCUCCGCAACGGGCAGCUCGUCGUCGUCCCUCCGGCGCUGAUCCGCCGGCUCAAGUCGCACUUUACGUCGCUCCCAUGUGGCGUUGACCUCAUCCUGGGUCUGAACGGCUACAUCUGGGUGAGCAAGCACGUGAAGGAGAGCGAACAGGAGGGCGAGGAGGGCUUCGAUGCGGAAGCCGUGUACUCGAAUUGCAACGACGACAUCGACGACGCGACGCGCACCGCGAUCGCGCGCGUGAGCAACAUCAUACGCGUAUUCGCGGCACACUUCCACCCGCUCACGGACGCGGUGCUCCUCGAGGCGUACGAAUGGGCCGUGGAGCAGGAGUGCAGUGUCAAGGAUCUGCUGCAGGAGGACGUCGGCGCUGCGAUGGUCGCGGCUGUCAGCGCGCACUCGUAGGGCCUGCCGGCUACUUUACUGGGAGGCAUGUGCCUGUCGGUAACGGAUUUCCGCGCACCGGCACUCCGCUUCAGGGGUGGCGCUCUCAAUAGUUCCGAUGUGAGCACGGCACCCUUGCCAGCUUAAUGAGGCGCGCCUGUGGUGCGUGUGAACGCUGUGAGCGGAGUCCUGGCCAAUCGCGGUAAAGCAACGCACACAUCCGAUACCCUUGUCAAUAUUGACUGCGUUGUCCAUGACGUCAGCUGGGGGCAAGACUCCGACAGUCACCAAACAGCCUGUGGUUUGGUUUGAAGUGGGCGCGGACGCCCCUAUCUCGCCUCGGCCUGUAGAGCACCAC